UCCUGCUUUUGCGGAAGCGAAAGGGCACGGAAGCCAGCGCCAGAGAGCUUGCAAGGGAGGAGUAAAAUACACCAUAAAAUUUACAGAAAAAAAAAAACUGAAAUACACACAGCUUUCUCUUUUGCCACCCAUCUACCGAAAGCCUGCCGAGGAGAUGGGGGACAAGGCGGGCACCAGAGUCUUCAAGAAGUCAAGCCCCAACUGCAAGGUCACAGUAUACCUGGGAAAGAGAGACUUUGUGGAUCACCUUGACCAGGUGGACCCAGUCGAUGGUGUGAUCCUAGUGGACCCUGAGUACCUGAAAGACAGGAAAGUGUUUGUGACUCUGACGUGUGCAUUCCGCUAUGGCCGUGAGGACCUGGACGUGCUGGGCCUGUCCUUCCGGAAGGAUCUGUACAUCUCCACCUUCCAGGCCUUCCCUCCAAUCGCAGGGGAACACAAAGCCAACAGCCGCCUGCAGGAGAGACUACUGAAGAAACUGGGCCAGCAGGCACACCCCUUCUACUUCUCUAUUCCCCAGAACCUGCCGUGCUCAGUCACCUUACAGCCAGGACCAGAAGACACGGGGAAGGCAUGUGGGGUAGACUUUGAGAUCAGAGCGUUCUGUGCCAAAUCAAUAGAGGAGAAGAUUCACAAACGGAACUCUGUGCGGCUAGUGAUCCGUAAGGUGCAGUAUGCCCCAGAGAAGCCUGGGCCUCAGCCCAUGGUGGAGACCACACGGAGCUUCCUCAUGUCGGACCGCUCACUACACCUGGAAGCCUCUCUGGAUAAAGAGCUCUACUACCAUGGAGAACCCAUCAGCGUGAAUGUUCACGUCACCAACAACUCCACCAAGACUGUCAAAAGAGUCAAAAUCUCAGUGCGACAGUAUGCUGAUAUCUGUCUGUUCAGUACGGCUCAGUACAAGUGUCCAGUGGCUCAGGUGGAGGCAGAUGACCAGGUGUCGUCUAGCUCUACGUUCUGUAAGGUGUACACCCUCACACCCACGCUAGACAAGAACCGCGAGAAGAGAGGCCUGGCCCUGGACGGAAAGCUCAAACAUGAGGACACCAACCUGGCCUCCAGCACCAUUGUUAAGGAUAUAACUAACAAGGAGGUCCUUGGAAUCCUGGUCUCCUACAAGGUCAAAGUCAAACUGGUCAUCUCUCGUGGAGGGCUGCUGAGUGGCGUGUUAGAGAGGGAUGUGUCGGUGGAGCUGCCCUUCGUCUUAAUGCACCCCAAACCCACAGAACUUCCCAUAUCCCGCCCACAGUCAGCUGUGCCGGAGUUGGACCCUCCCAUCGACACCAACCUGAUAGAAUUUGAAUCAAAUAGAUUCUCCCAAGACGACGACUUUGUGUUCGAGGACUUUGCCCGCCUGCGGCUCAAAGGAAUGGCAGACGACGAGGACUGCUAGAGCUCACACACACACACACUCUUGCGCAAACUCUUACACACACACACACACACACACACACACACACACGGUGGGAUGAAGGCAUGUGGAUGGAGAGAUGUGGUAGCCUCGUGGUCUUCCUGACGUUGCUUGCGGUGUAUUUUUGUCUUACUUAAGCCACUUGUCUUCUUGUACAUGUUCUCGCUGUCUGCAGUGGUUGUUGUUUUGGGUGGUGGCAAACACAACCAAAAACCCAGCACCAUGUAAAUGAUGAUGUAAUAUUGGACAAUGGCGAAUGCUGACAGAUCCAUAGGUGUCAUUUGACCAGCAGUUUCACAGUGUCGAGGAUGGGCACAAUAUGUGCUAUAAUGGAUAAAAAGUAGAUGACCAAAAUGUCAUGAAGAGGGAUGAUGUGCCAUGGCUGUCCACGCUGAGGGAGUGCCAUGGCUGUCCACGCUGAGGGAGUGCCAUGGCUGUCCACGCUGAGGGAGUGCCAUGGCUGUCCACGCUGAGGGAGUGCCAUGGCUGUCCACGCUGAGGGAGUGCCAUUGAAAGGAAGUGGGCUUUUUAUCAUUAUUUUUCCACCAAUCAUAAUUUAAAUGUAAUUAUUUCUACAAAUAUUGAUCAUAUUGAUCAUGUAUUGAUCAUUGAUAUAAAGCAAGGUUUAGAGAGUACCUGCUGAAGAGAGGAGAGAAGGGCAAACACACAGACUGACACACUUUGGUUAGUGAUGUAAUUUAGGCAACCCUUUCAUCUGCCCCAUCAUCUUUAAACUCCUGAAUUUCUACCCAGUCAUUAAUUCUGUAAAAACCUUCAUGUUUUAAGGGAAGAAUACGGAGGUUUCUAUGAUUCACCCUCUUCUACAAUAAGAGGACAGAUUAUACACUCCCACUUAAAGUAAACUUGCACACACUGCAUCCACACUGUAUAGCCUAGUGAUACUCCUCACUGUCAGUCUGUCAGUUAGUCUCAAUUCACCGCUUUGACAUUCAUCAGAUUCUUGCACAUGGUCUAAGAGAAUGGGUAUUUUAGAAUAAUUUCUCCAUCAGAUUCCAUUCACUCUUGUGCUGAAUCCCAAACUGACCCCUAGCUCUUCUUCCCUAGGCACUCCUUUAAAUCUGAAAGGAUUGGGUAGGUAUAAGUAAUGUGGGGAAAUUCGAACUAGCCAAGCAAAAGGCAGGGUGAAUACAUUACCUUAAUAUUCAUACCUGUCCAAUCCUAGAAGUGCCUAGUGACGGGCUAGCUAGGGGUCAGUUUGAGAUUCAGCAUUGGUGUCAGAGUUUGGGAAAACCUGGCCUAGCGCACAGCGACACCAAUGGAGCAUGUUUUUCAGCAGUGCUGUGAACUAUGAUCUGUGAUUAUUGUUGUUGUGCAUCUAUGGGGUACCUGUUUGCAGCUCUUAAGUGUGAAUAUUUGGAAGUGCUGUGGGAGCAUCAUAAUGUCUACAGAAAGUAUGCUGAUGUUAUGAUUUUGGUGGAACAUGACAUAACUAUUAUUAAUAUUAUUACUACUGUAUCAUUGACUAUGAUUAUUCUCAAUCAUUUAAUACUUUUUUGUUUGCCAUUUUUUUUAUUUCAGAAUGUUUAUUUUUAUUAAAGGCAAAAUGAAUUAACA